CCCUCUUUCUCCUGCUUUUCUUCUCUCUGCGACUUUUCUCCGUUUUGUAUUUUGCCACCCCCCCCCCCCUCUUUCUUCGUCGGUGAAACACGUGCGCGCACGGUCGUGAAAUGAGGUGAACGCGCGCGCGUGUCGUUAACGCGGGGAUUCCAAAGAAGGAUGUUUCGCCCGGUGCACGCGUCGAAUAUGCGCUGCUCGAUGAUGCUGGCGAUAACAGCGAUCGCGACGAUCCUCGCGCCGGUCGCCGGGAGUCCCUUUCUCGACGCAGCGCAAGAGAUGUCCUGUUGCACGCUGGCUGCUGGCUCCUGUCGGAAUGUGUGCUCCAAGAUAUCCCUGGUAGUCCUGGGUGCCGAGAUCGAAGCGCGGGAAAACGCCACGAAACGUCUCCAGGAGUUUUGUCCCAUGAGCCAUGAGAUGGAUUUUUGGUCCUGCGUGAACACGACGUUAAAUGAGCUCAAGAGGAACGAGAAUUGGACGGGUCGAGGCUGCUGCUAUCUCGCUCAGAAUCCAACGUGUCGCACGACCUGCGCUCUGUCCGGCUCGGCAAACGAUCUGAACGAGUCCUGCCGACCGAGCGACGAGUCAGAGUUUUUCUUUUGUCUAGAAAAGCGCGAGGAAGCCGAACGAUGCUGCAACAACGUUUCCAAUGAUACGUGCAGGACUAUCUGCAAGAAUAUCUUUUACAAGCCCGGCAAGCAAUCCAGCUUGAAGCUGUACAGCAGCAAGGGUUGCUUCCAUCAGGUUCCCAAGUGCCUGAAGAGCGUAGCCGAGGUGAAGCAUGCUGAGGAUCCGAAGCAACAUUUGCACUGCUGCGAUGAAGCCACGACUUCAGCGUGCCUGGACACGUGUCGCAGGACCCUUCACACCGCGACGACCGACCAGGAGAUCAUGGACGCCCUGACGGAGAAGUGCAGUCCCGUGUUACCGCAGUCGCCGAUGUGGAGCUGCUUGCUGAAAUCAGGCUCGACGAAGCCGGAGCGAUUACCCUUGGACGCCGGCAAACUGGCGUGUUGCACGAAGGCGACGAGGCCCUUCUGCCAGAAUUUGUGCUGGCGGGCCUUCCAGGCAGACUGGGAGACCGCUUGGCCACAGCUUGACGCAAUGUGCCUCUCGUCCAGUUUAGAGGGUGAACUGAGAAGGUGUAUCGAAGACGCGGAUGACUCCUGCGAGAUGGGCUGUUCGGGAUUGUCUUACUGUGCGCGGUUUAACGACAGACCUACGACUUUGUUUAGGUCGUGCACGACUGCGGCCGACGAUGCGGCCAAAUGGGAGGCUGAUCAUUGGUCCAGAGGAGGCAUUAUUCGCGGUUUAAGUGUGCCCGUGCGCGUCGCCGCUUCCUGCCCGGCGGAGACUCUACGCACGGCGGCCUGUCUUUUGCAGCUGCGACCUUGCGAGGCCAGAAUCCACGAGACGCAGCUCUGCCGCGAGGAUUGUCUGGAGCUGAUGGCGAGCUGCGUGGACUGGAGCGCGAUUACCGGACCUCACACAGCGGCUACCUUGUGCGCCAAGCUGUCGCCGGGGAGGCCGGACGCGCCGUGCGUCUCGUUAAAGCCGUUCCUAGAUGGUCCGCGGGAUGACGUGGCUAUGAUCCAUCCCGAUGAGGACAUUACAACGCCCUGCAAGCAGAAUCCUUGUCUACACGGUCAGCUCUGCGUGCUCCAACCGAACAACCCCAAGGUAUAUCGUUGCGUGCCGGCUUGCUCCCUCGGCGAGAUGUCGAAGCAAUUGGUGUCGGUUGGAUCCUGGAUCCAGAUUCCGCGGUACGAUCAGCAGAGUUGCCUGAAGAUCUGCCAGUGCACGAAGCGCGGCCUGGAGAAGUGCCGUACCCUCAAUUGCUUCAACUUCAAAUCCUGCUGGGUGCACGACCGAUUCAUCCAGCACAAGACCAACUUCUACCUCGAGUGCAAUCCCUGCCACUGUUUCGAAGGCGAAUUCACGUGUUCCAAGAGGAGCUGUGGCGAGCACCGAGUGCCGUCUUUGCCCUGCGACUGCCCGGCUCAUUACGUUCCGGUUUGCGGCAGGCUGGGCUUCACCUUCGCGUCCGCCUGCCUCGCGAAAUGCGCCGAGCUGUCGGCUACCGAAGUGGAAUUCGGCAGCUGCUCCAGUAAGGAUCCCUGCACGCCUAAUCCCUGCGACAGCUCGGAGAAGUGCGUCCGUAGACCCAGGGUCUGCUUGUCGCGUUUGCACAAACCGUGUAAGCAGUACGAGUGCGUGCCGAUAGACUGCAAUCCGCGCGACGAGUCCAGCGGACCAGUCUGCGAUCGAGAGAAUCGCCAGUAUCCCUCCGUGUGCGCGAUGAUCCGGGCUGGAGCCACCCUGAAUUACAGAGGACCCUGUCUGAAAGGCUGCAGCCUUCGUGGUCCAGUGUGCGGCAUCAACGGCGAGGUCUACGCUAGUGAAUGCGCGGCUUGGGCCGAGAGAUCCGUCGUGGACUAUCAAGGUCCUUGCGUCGCCGUCGGUCUCAUAGGGGACCAGGCGAAACCUCGUUGCGGCGACGCCGUGCAGUGUCCUGCCCUACAGGAGCCGUAUUGUAUCGGGGUUACUCCGCCCGGUGCUUGUUGUCCUGUUUGCGGAGGAGCGGCAAAAUUGUUCUACUCGAAGAAACAGCUGGACAGGAUCUACUACAUGAUGGACGAGGAAACUGACAAAGACACCGUUACCUUAGAAGUUCUCCUGGCCGCUCUAGGUCGCCAGUUGCAAGUGGCGCAAUGCAUUGUUCGUGGCAUGAUGACGCCCGAUCGCGAUAUCUUCAUCGUCGUACAGCCCGUUACCAAGAAGUUGUCGGCGCUGCAAUUGCGAGCUUGCGUGGCAGAGACGGAGAAGCUCGUCACCAGGAUUUCGGAGAGGAGUCCCCGGGUCGCGGCGGAAGUACCUCUGGGUCCGCUGACCAGGGCCGAGAUAGCCCACGGUUACGUUUCUAGUGCCAUGGAAAUUCGUGCUUGGCUCGCGACAAUUAUCGUUACCACCCUCUUGCUAAACGUUUUAUCCUGAAUUACGAUCACGCCAAUAGGAAAAUGAGAUACGUCGCUUAUUCUCUGUCCAGCCCGAAGUAUUUAAAGAUGUAUUUUAACUGAUGAAAUAUCCGAGAUUCGUUAUCGUCCAAGGAUAGUUGCAGCUAUGAGCGAUCAAUCUUGUUUUCCCCUUCAUUCUUGGUGCUGAAAGCACUUCUUUACCUAAUCGCGAUGCCAUUCGCGGCGACGAAUGUCUACAGCGUGUCUCGUGUCUGUGAUUCUUCUAGUGCCUUGUAAUAGCGUACAGUAGAAUGUAUUUUUAGUUAUCAAUUACUUAAUACUGCCAAAGAGGAAAGAGUACAUGAGAGUUGGAUGUACAAAAAUAUAGGAUUUCCUGCGUGAUUCGUAAUGUUGCCGCGGGUAAUCGUGAACUGCUCAUAAAUUAUAAAUAAAAAGACUCUGUAAACGUAAGUUUUAUACAUAUUAGAGUGCGUAUCGAUCGACAUUAGUACAUUGUGUGUUCACAAAUGUGAUUUUUAUGCAAAAGCUCGAAGCGUCACUCAAAGAGAUCAAAGAAAUAAGUUUCAUUUUCUUGACUUUUGUUAUUUUUUUAACGAUAAGAAAAAUUAGCCUUUUAAGGAUUUUAUUAAGAAUGCAACUGCUAUAUGAAUGUACGAUUUUUCUGGCGUAGGUACGGUUUUACGCUGCUGAGCGUUCGUUCGAAGUUUUUUUUAUUUUGUAUAGAUAAAUUAAUACAAUAGAACUAGUUAAGGGGACAAUGUAAGUGCUCGCAUUUUAUUUAUAAAUGUGCGAAAACUUGGAUUGCCUGCGGUGGUUUGUGCCAAUGAUAUAAAUAAUGCUCUCAGUCGUUAAGUAUAUUUUGUUAUUGUAAUGUUAAAGACAAACAUUUGCAUGUAUAAUAAAUUUCUAAACUUUUAUCAUA